GAUUUAGCACACGACAUUAUACACUGUGAUUAUACGGCUAACUUCACCCAAGAAUUUGUGUUCAACGAUUGAGAAAGUAUAAAAAGUUAAGCUUUGAAAGUAAAAUGUCAAAAGCACAUAGUCCUAUUUUUAAUGGAGAAGCUGACAAUUUUUAUGACCCAAAUUUUACUUUGGACAUUAAUAAGAAGAUGCGUGUGCCAAAGAGUAUUCGUGUGAGCGGUGAUUACACGGAUGAAGAAGUAGCUGGUACAAAUGGCUCUAGCUGGAAUCAGAUGGUCGCAGCAGAAAAAUUUGAGAUGCAUGUUCCAGAUAGAAUUUUAGUUGUUGGACAAGAGCAACAUGUAGGAACAAAAGCACCUCCUAGAGAAAUUACAUUAGAGAAUGCAGUAUUACCACCUGAACCAGGCUUAGUUAGAGUACAGACUCCUCCAAGAAUCUUGACAUUGGAUAAUCACUAUUUCCCUGCUGUUGAUGAAGAAGAUCCAAACUCAUAUUUAACAGAGGCUAAGGAUUCAGUAUCCUCUAGAUCUCAUGGACAAUAUCCUACAGAAACACAAAUAGUUAGGCAUGUCAGAGAACAAACUCCCUCAUAUAGCGCACUCGAUGUGUCUCUUCCACCUAGUGAAGAGAUACAGCAUUUACGUCGACAAGUAGGAAAAUUAAAUCGACGUGUAAUGGCUAUUGAACUUGAUAUGUUACAACGUCAACAAAGAGACAAAAUUUUAUAUGCAUUAACAUUGACGUACUUAAUUCUUAAAGCUUUUUCAUGGUUAACUAGAAACUGAAUUUGCAUUAAGAAAAUAUAAGAAGUUUGCAUCUUGUGUGAAAGAUGGUGCUUAAAUACAAGAUGUUUUAUAAGAGUCUCCCUUGCUCUGAGAAAAAAAAUUUGUAACCAAAGACUCUUUAUGCAGAGUAUAUAAAAUUGAGAUAUUCAGAUGUAUGUAUCGUAUAUGUUCAAGAUUAAAUUAUUGAAAAAUAUUUGCAUGAAAAAAUUGUAACAUACUGAACUUACAAAACGCAACACGUAGUUAUUCUUUUACAUUUUACAUUAUAUGUAAUGAAUCGAAAAUUUCAAUCUUUAUUUAAAUGUGUAAAAAUUGAAUAUAUACGAUACUAAUUUUUAAAACAAUCGAUUUUGAACGUUUAAAUAUGUUUAUACAAUGUAACGCAUUAUUGAAAUAAGCAAGACAUGAAUUUCUGUGACAAUUUUAUUUAAUAUGUACUAAUGAAUUCAUUUUGCUUGCGAUGUAUUUAGUAAUAAUAAACUGAAGAUAAAGAGAUGUUAAGUAGAAGUAUAA